AUGGGGCAGAAGCUAUUUUCUAGUGCCAACGGGACAGUAGAUUACUCAACGGGGAAGUACAGAUUAGAGAUGCAGACGGAUGGGAACGUGGUCUUGUCUGCAUAUAGAACUACUGAUUUUGGAUACUGGAAUGCUCAAACUAUAAACAAUAAUAGUGUACGGUUGGUCUUCAAAAAUACAACUGCUACUUUGUUCAUUGUGAAUGGAAGCUCAAUCAUAUACUACAUGACAGCGAGCCUGCCUGCUUCAGUUCGAGAUUAUUACCACAGAGCUAUGAUCACUGACAAGGGAGAUUUCCAACAGCUCUUCCGCAGCAAAGUAAAUGGGAGCGUUUGGGAUGUUGUGUGGCAAGCGAUCACGCAACCUUGUAUUGUGAAUAACAUUUGUGGUGUAUAUGGCUUUUGCCAAUCACCUGACAACAAGGAAAUCAAUUGUAGUUGUUUGCCAGGAUAUUCGCCUAGGGAUCAGCACAAUCCAUCUAAAGGGUUGUUAUCCGAGUGUGAACUAGAAAGGGUUUUUCAAGCUAAUGAGGAGACUUGCAGGCAGGAAGUGUUGAAUGAUUGUCUUUGUGAGGCAGCUGUCUUGAUUGGUUCGACAUGUUUCAAGAAGAGGAUGCCUAUACAGAAUGCCAGAAGGUGUCCUCGUAUAUGUUCAGUACUUGCUCCGCUUUUUGCAGCAAUUGCUGUAUAUUAUCAACCUUUUGUGCAGAAAUAUAGACUUGCCAAAAACCCUCCCAAAAGAAAGCCAAUUGAGCUGAAUUUAAGGGCAUUUUCGUUCCAGCAGUUGAGCGAAGCCACCAAUGGUUUCAAGAACAAAUUAGGUCAAGGAGCUUCUGCUGCAGUUUAUAGUGGAAUUCUCAAGUUAGAGGAUGAAGAAGUUGAAGUUUCUGUGAAGCAAUUAGGAAAUGGCAUUGAACAAGGCGAUGAUAAAGAAUUUUUGGCAGAAGUGAGAGUGAUUGACCUAACACAUCACAAGAAUCUGGCUCGUUUGCUAGGCUUCUGCAACGAAAAGAAUCAUCGGCUUCUUGUUUAUGAAUUGAUGAAAAAUGGGGCUGUGUCAAGUUUGAUCUUUUGGGAUGGAAAAAGACCAAGCUGGAAGCUAAGAAGUGAUAUAGUACUUGGGACUGCUAGAGGCCUGUUAUACUUGCACGAAGAGUGUGAGAACCAGAUCAUCCAUUGUGACAUUAAGCCACAGAAUGUCCUUCUUGACAAGAACUACGCCGCCAAAAUUGCUGAUUUUGGCCUUGCAAAACUUCUUAAGAAAGAUCAGACGCGAACAAGCACAAAUGUUAGAGGAACCAUGGGUUAUAUGGCACCUGAAUGGCUAAAAAAUGUGCCCGUGACAACCAAAGUUGACAUCUACAGCUUUGGUGUUUUGCUGCUUGAGAUUAUUUUCUGCCAAAGGCACAUGGAGUUGAACCUAACUGGCGAAGAAAACGAAGAGCUCGAGUUGAUCUUAGUGGAUUGGGUUCUUCAUUGUGUGAGAAACGAGAUGCUGAGAACUGUUGUUAGUCAUGAUGAAGAAAUAAUGUGUGAUUUUCAUAAUUUUGAGAGGAUGACUAUGGUUGGAUUAUGGUGCUUGUGUCCUGAGCCGAAUCUUCGACCAUCUGCAGCAAAGCUUGUUCAGAUGUUGGAAGGAACUAUAGAAAUAGGCGUUCCUGGCUGAAAUCAACCAGUCUAGGGAUAUCAUUCAGAAGUCUCACCUUGGUUCCCUCUCAAAUUUAUCAUUUCAUUAUCUUGAUUUUGAAGAACCAGAAAAGGACGAUGUGCUUGAUUGGUUGUCCUUGGAUAAACCAAGAAAUGCUUCUUUUCCUUAUCGUCGAGCCAAAGUUAUGGUUCGCGUGAAGGGUGAGACUCAUGAAGUCGUCUUAGACUUGGUCAAUAGCUCUAUCAUAUCAGAAAAACUAUACACUGGCCAUGGUUUCCCUUCAUUUACUCGUGAUGAAAUUAUAGUCUGUUGUGCCGACAAUAACCAAUCCUGAAUUUCAAGAAUCAAUAACGAGAAGGGAUUUGAAUAUAUCUGAGGUCAGCUGUGUACCACUGUCAGUUGGAUGGUUUGGUGAGCCUAAGACCAAAAGAGUUCUUAGUCUUACAUGUUAUUAGAGGGAUGUUAUUAUAGGGGAGGGACAACAAAUUUUUGGGCAAGGCAUAUCGAAGGAAUUAUUGCGUAUGCAGAGUUGAAUCAAGGAAGGUUAUCAUGUAUGUCGAUAGAUAGUCCCCUUGCCUAAAGCAGAAGGUACUGAUUUCCACUCAUCAAGCCAGGAAUCUGUCCCUUGCAAUGUGUCUAAUACCAGCAGGAUUACCAUAGAAGGUAAUGAGAUCAAAUGGGCUAAUUGGGUUUUUCAUGUUGGAUUCAAUGCUAGAGCAGGGACGAUUAUAUCUACAGCUUCCGCGUUUGAUGCUAUAAGAAAUGAAUAUCGACGUGUGCUCUAUAGAUGCCAUAUCUCUGAGACUUUUGUGCCUUACAUGGAUCCUACAUAUGAAUGGUAUUAUAAGACUUUCAUGGAUAAUAGUGAAUUCGGUUUCUGAGCAUCCGCUAGCAGCGUUGUCCCAUUGCUAGACUGUCCAAGAAAUGCAGUAUAUAUGGAUGGAUACCUAGCUGAUGCAGAAGGACAUGUAGUGCAAGUCCCUCGAGCCAUUUGCAUCUUCUAGCGCUAUGCUGGUGAUGCUGCAUGGAGGCAUACAGAAAUAGUAGUACCUGUCACUUUAGUAAGCUGCUAAAUUACAGAUUCCUAGUUAUUAUCUCAUGCAACAAUGAUAGAAUUAUUUUAGAGAAUUAUUUUAGACCCCUCUCUCCCCAGACACCACUUGUGGGACUAUACUGGGUAUGUUGGGUAUGUUGUUGUUGUUGUUGUAGUCAUAAUAGAAUUAACUGAGUGGUUUCGCAGAGUACUAAAGGAGAGCAAGAAGUUACUUCGGUGGUUAGAAUGGUGGCAACAGUUGGCAAUUAUGACUAUGAGAUUGAUUGAGAGUUCAAAAAAAGGUGGAUCCAUCAAAGUUGAUGUAGGAUCUAAGAGAUUAUUAUUAAUCAAUCCUUUUAACUUGCAAUCUUUAUUCCUAGAUGUUAAGCACCUCCUCCCACUUAGUAGCUUUUUCCUUUUUGUUGAUGCAGGCAAGUCUACAUGGAAUUGUGAAUAUGAAAACUGUUAAGUAUAAGGACAAUGAUCAUGUAGAAGAGGAUGUUUAUGGUAGUACAAAAGUCAUAGAUAGCCCCUAAACUUUGACACAUUUUUCUCUGGGAUACCUAAAUCGAGGGUUGUAUCUAUUGGGUACCUAAACAAGUCUAAAUUUGAUCCCAUUGGGUACCUUUUUCACAAUAAUCAGCAAAAUUAGGAGAGUGUAAUACACUCUCCAUGACAUGACAACUUUGUCAAAUGAAAACAUGACACAUGGCGGUGAGGGGUCCAUUAUAAUAAUUAAAAAAUAAAUUAUACAACCCCCUCAAAUUUUCAAGAAAUAACAUCCAAUUCACAAAUUAAUUUUAUAUAAAUAAUUAAAAGAAAUGAAGUGUUAUAAUGAAGAAGAAGAAGAAGAGAAAAAAAAAAGAGAAAGAAAAAGGAAGAAGAAGAAGAAGAGGAGGAA